AUGGUCGAUCCUCCAAAAUUAGAACGAUAUGAGGCAUGGUGGAUGGCUUGGCAGAGGCCAUCCAGAGUUUUUACAUCUGAGGCAACAAACUUAAUAGCUAUUUUGGUUGGUGACUUAGUGGAAAAGAGUACACGAAGUGAUAUUGGUUUUGAAGAACGUAAGGAUAUAUUGAUUGUUACGCUUGGAACAAAUGAACUCCCUGGUCGGAUCCACACUGCUCCUAGGGGUGUGGGCUUUAAGAAGUUCUUUGAAAAAAUUUCACACUCCACCUUACGAGGUGUCUUAAUCUUCUAG